AUGCUCAACGGAUCGAGCUCGCAAGUGUUCGUCAUGCCCGCCGCCGGCCAUGUCCACUACCUCGUCGCGGGAGGCUCCGGAGGAGGCGACGACCCCAGGUACCCCUGGACCUUCAAGUCCCUGCACGAGGUGGACGCCGUCGUCCCUGCCAUCGCCCGUGGCAGCAAGAGGCCGGCCGCCGUCCCCGGUGGAGCACAGGUAGAGCCCUACGGGUGCCCUAUCUGCUUCCGCAUGUUCGCCACUGCCAAGGCCGUCCAUGGCCACAUGCGCAGCCACACGGACCGCAGCUGGCGCGGCAUGGAGCCGCCCCGGCCGCCGCCCCUGGCCGAGAUCCGUUACCCGUACGUGUGCGACCGCUGCAAGAUGCCGUUCCAGACGCGGCAGGCGCUCGGCGGCCACCGUGCUAGCCACAAUGGUAAGAAAGGCUGCUCCUGGCUCGAAAGGGAGGAACUCGCCGUCGCCGAAGAAGCUCGGAAGCCCAUCGUGUUCGACGUUGAUCUGAACCUUCCGGCUCCCGAGGCAGAUCAGAAACAGGAGGAGGAGGAGGAGUAG